AUGCCAUCUUCAGACAUAAGAACAUCGGUCAGCUUCAAGGACUUCCAGCAACUCAGCCCAACCAUUUCUCUCUACCGCCCCUCCGACUCGAACACCAAAUCUCACCCUGCCACUCCCCAGGAUCGGUCACUCAUCAUCCUCGCCCCAUGGCUCUCAGCUCAGCCUCGUCAUAUUACCAAGUACACGGACGCAUAUCAAUCUCUCUUCCCCAACGCCUCAAUCCUCGUCAUCUGCACCACAGCUGCAGACAUGGUGUACCGAUCUUACCAUUCGCAACAGGAAGAUCUCAACACGGUUCUACCUGUCUUGCAAGCCAACGAUGAUAAUGGAGAACUAGACAUCCUGCUUCAUAUGUUUAGCAACGCCGGUGCUCAUAAAGCUAGUCAAAUCGCAAGAGCACAUCAAGGCCAGACCAAAACAACAUUGAAGUGCGGGGUAAUGGUGUUUGACAGUACCCCAGGCAUUGCGACAUAUUCUCGCAUCGUCGAUGCUAUGACUGUCGGAUUACCCACCAUUCCCAUUCUGCGACAGCUGCUGGCUUGUGUGGUACACUUACUGGUGGCGUUGAUCUGGCUGCACAUUCAUUGCUGGAGGCCCAAAUUUGGUGGAGAGGGCGAGGAUGGACUUGAAUGA